AUGGAAACACGAUCACCUAAAGCGAUUGAUGAAUUUGCCAAGGUUGUUUGGGUAUCCCAUAUACUCUCUUAUUGGAAUCCUUACACCACUCCCAUGUCAGAGAAGCCGUUGCAGCCCAAAAUAAUGCCAACUGAUGACGACGAGGACUAUGAUGACAGCCCUGAAAUUGACAACACAAGUACACACACUGCAGUUUUGGCACUUGGCGAUGAAAUUCUCCGAGAGAAGUUUCUAGAUAGUAUCAGUGAGCUACUCACCCACACAAAGGGCGGAAAGCAUGUUACUGCUGCCGCGUUGAGAGAGAAAGAAGAUUCAAUCGAGAUUGACAUCGCUCGAAACACUAGAUUCAGGCGUGAAGACAAGAACUAUCUUUCUUCACGGGUCCGCUUCCUUAGUAGGCGAAUGGAAAGUAAGUAG